AUGGCCUCUUCCGUAUCCGGUCCCACUCCGCCCGGGCUCCCGCCGCUGCCGCCCGGACAUGGAGAUUACUAUACCGAGACGCAAUGGACCGUGCUCAUGUCCCUGCUGGACGCUACUAUCCCUUCCAUCACAGCAGUCUCAAAUAAGAAAGAUGAUAAGACCCAGCUCGGCCUUGCCGAUGCCGAGUUCAAGGAGAUUGUCACCAAUGCCCAGGCCAGCGUGGUAAAGAAACCCGCGGUUGAGGACAUCACGGCUUAUCUAGCCGAACGUGCAUCCGAUGACCCGGCCUUUUGCUGUGCCAUGCGCCGGACUCUCAGCACCGUCCCCGCAUCGGCCCGGAAUCAGCUCGGUGCCGUCUUAUACGCUCUCUCGACACGCCCCGGCAGCCUCCUCCUAACCGGCUAUGCAACCCCAAUUCAAGACCAGCCCCUCCACAUCCGGGAAUCCAUCCUCCGCAGCUGGGCCACCUCCUGGUUCGGCACUCCCCGCGUCCUCUUCAAGACUUUCACCGUCAUCGCCAAAGUAAUCUGGCUGCAAACCAGCCCCCUUUUCCGCACCGUCACCGGCUUCCCCGACGUGCCCGUCAACUGGAACCCCGGCCGUACCGAAGGCUUUGGAUUCUUGCAAUUCGACACCUCCGUCAACGAGCCCGCCACCGUCGAAACCGACGUCGUCAUCAUCGGCUCCGGCUGCGGCGGCGGCGUGUGCGCGAAAGUCCUCGCCGAAGCGGGCCACCGCGUGCUUGUUGUGGAAAAGGGCUACUACUUUGAUCCGUCCCAGCUACCCAUGCCGCGCGACCAGGGCGGGUUCCAUCUAUUCGAGAACAACGGGUUCGUGAACAGCGUCGAUAGCUCCAUCAACGUCGUAGCGGGCUCGUGCUGGGGGGGCGGCGGGAGUAUCAACUGGAGCGUCAGUUUGCAGACGCAGGGGUACGUGCGCAAAGAAUGGUCGGAGCAGCACGGCUUGCCGUUUUUCGAGUCGGGCGAGUACCAAACUUGCCUGGACCGCGUGUGCGAGUUCAUGGGCGUGGUUGGUGGGGAUGAUGUGAGACAGAGUUAUCGGGGCCAGAAGCUGCUGGAUGGAUCCAGGAAGCUGGGCUACGCGGCGCAGGUGUGUCCACAGAAUAGCGGCGGGAAGGAACACUGGUGUGGACAUUGCCAUUUGGGAUGCGCUAGCGCGGAGAAGCAGGGGCCGGCAGUUAGUUGGUUGCCGGCGGCGGCGAAGAGGGGGGCUACCUUUAUGGAGGGCUUUUCGGCGGAUAGGAUUUUGUGGGAUGAGUCUGAGUCUUCGUUGUCGUGGUUCGGCUUUGGUGGUAACAACAAUAAGAGAAGGGCGGUGGGCGUGGAGGGGACGUGGACUGCGAGGGAUACCAAGGGGGGAGUGACGGGGGAACAGAAGACGAGGAAGGUUAUCAUCAAGGCGAAGAAGGUCAUCGUUGCUGCUGGAACUCUCAACAGUCCUUUGAUUCUUCAGAAGAGCGGGUUGAAUAGCCGACACAUUGGCCGCAACCUAUAUCUUCAUCCUGUCAACUUCCUCGGCGCCUACUACGAGGAUGAUGUUAAACCCUGGGAAGGUGGCAUCAUCACCAGCGUCUGUACCGCUUUCGAGAACCUCGACGGCCAAGGCCACGGCGUAAAGCUAGAAGGCACAUGCAUGCUUCCCUACGCAAUCCUUACCCAACUCCCCUGGCGCGGCGCCCUCGCCUACAAGCUCGCCUGCCUGCGCUACCGACACCUAAACGCCUGGAUCUCCCUCGCGCGCGACCGUGACACUGGCCGAGUCUACGCCGACCCGAUUACAGGCAAGCCCAGCAUCGAGUACACCGUCUCCCCCUUCGACGCGGCCCACAUUCUCGAAGGCCUCAUCGCCCUCGCAAAAAUCGCUUAUGUCUCCGAGCAGCCUGCUAGUGAAGAAGAUUACGACAAAGGCGUCAAAGACCCCCUCUUCGAGUCCUGGCUAAAGACUCUCCGAGAAAGAGGCAACGCCCCGCCUUACCCACCUUAUACGUCCGCCCAUCAGAUGGGUACGUGCCGGAUGAGUAGCACGCCGGAAAAUGGGGUGGUGGACCCCAAGGGCAAGGUCUGGGGCACCGAGGGACUGUAUGUGGCGGAUGCUAGUGUCUUUCCGAGCGCGAGCGGGGUGAAUCCCAUGAUCACCAAUAUGGCGAUUGCGGAUUGGAUUGCGAGGGGGGUGGUUGGGGAGUUUGGGAAGAAGAUCUGA